AUCGACCUUUACUUGAGAUCAAUAUCUAACCGGAUCCCACCACAACUUCUACUUACUACACAUCCUUGCAGGAGCGCUGCACAAUAGACCGGACCAGGGUUCUUGAGACAUCGUGAUGGAUACCGAUUUCGACGAAACAUAUGUUCUGCUUCUCCUCGCCGACUCUAAUCUGCCCACGGGCUCAUUCGUCGCGUCUUCUGGAUUUGAGUCCUACGGAACGCAUGGAUUCUUCUCUCUUGCAUCCGCAUCAAAUAUGGGGAAGGGGAAAACAUUGACAGCGGGCACAGUCGCUUUCAUUCAAGACAGCCUGCAUACCUACGCCCGAAGCGCUCUUCCAUUCGUUUCGGACGCCCACCGUGUAGUAGAUGCAUGCAAGGAUCUCAAGGGCGAGCCUGAGAUCGGCCAUGAAGGUACAAUCAAGAAUUUGGUGGAGCUGGACGAGCUGUACGAAACUAUGACACUCAAUCAUGUGGCUAAGCGUGCCUCCAAAGCCCAGGGUGUAGCACUCCUCACACUGUACUCAAAAGGGUUCGCUUGCCCUUCUGACCUCAAUUAUGAAGACCACCUUUCAAAGAGCUUGACCGUUCUUACCGAUCGAUUGAAACUCAUGAUUCGCGGAGAAGAGACGCAUGGCCAUCUGCCCGUGUGCUGGGGCGUGCUGACCAGUGCUCUUGGGGUUUCACUUCUGCGAGCUCAACACCUUUUUCUGUUUCUCCAUGCACGUUCACUUCUCUCCUCGGCCGUUCGCUUGAAUACGAUAGGACCCUACAGUUCGCAGCAGCUUUUGCUCCACUCAGUGAGACCCCUGGUGGAGGCGGAAGUAUUACAGAAUAAGGAUAUGCGUACUGGAAUUUUCGGGGACAUGCAUCACAACGAUGCAGAUGAUCGGCCUGCUACGACAUGGCCCCUUGGCGAGAUCCUCGCGGUUCGACAUGAUUUACAACACUCGAGAAUAUUCAAUAGCUGAUCAGCCUGAGUACUGUACGUUGCUUUUGAUACCUUGGUGGAAGAUGAAUUUCCCUUACACAGCUGGCUGCGUAAUUGUGCGUAACUGAGCGGGGCAGGGAGAAAGGGGAGUGCAGAGGCUGCGAUAUUGUUCACUCUGUCAACGCGUCAUGAAUAGUACGUCGUAAAGUUCUUUUAGGCUCUAUUUGGGCGCGCAUUGAAAAAUCAAACAUUCCGCUACCCUCUCUCGCUCUGAAUCUUGUGUAUACUGGGAGAAUUUUUGGGCAUGCGGAUUAUUGACCUGAG